CGGGCAUGUUGAGCCUGGUCUGUGGUUGUCCCAUUAGGCGGAGGGUUUUUUAAACCGAAUGGUUGCUGUUCUGGAUUAAUAGAAUGCUCAGUUCUGACUGGGGGAGGAGCUCACAGCCUGCAAUAAAAAGCGGAUGAUUACAUUGAGGGGAAAACAUUUCGAAGUGGUAUCCAUCGGUCUGGGAACAGUCUCGAAAGGAAAUAGGUUCUAGUGUAGUUUACGCCUCACGCUUUCAUUCGUCAAAUCCUUUUGUGAUAUUUGGCAACCCCGUAAUUCGAUUCCAAAUGACUCGGUAUGUAAGCAGUUGUUUCAUUACUCUGCUCGUUCUGUUCCUUUGGCGGGUCGAAGACAUCGCAGAAGCUUGCAGAUGCAGACCUCAGCACCCUCAACAGGCUUUUUGCAAUGCAGAAGUUGUGAUCAGGGCGAAGGUGGUUGGAAAGAAAGCGGUGUCUAACGAUAUCAAGUAUGACAUCCAACAGAUCAAGGUGUUCAAAGGUUGUGAUCGGGUUAUCCACGCCAUCUUCACUGACACCACUUCGUGCGGCGUGACUCUGGAAAUCAACAAGGAGUAUCUCUUCACAGGCAAGCUGGAGACUGGAAGGAUGCAUGUAACACUGUGUGGCUAUAAUCCGCCCUGGGAGGACGUGAGUGCUGCGCAAAAGAACGGCUUAACUCACCGCUACCAAAGCGGCUGUGAUUGCAAGAUCAUCCCCUGCACUUCCCUCCCCUGUCCAAUCAGCACCUCCGAUGCAUGCCUGUGGACAGACUUGGGAACAGACAAUGGCCAAAACCUUGCCUGUAUCAAGAGGCAAGAUGGGUCCUGUGCCUGGUACAAGGGGAUAGCACUACCCAAGAAGUAGUUCCGGGAUAUUGGAGACUCCUUAACUCAACAGGCCUUCCACUCACUGUUCAGAGUGACUAAAGAUGCCUGCAAUUAAUAAAUGAGAACACAGCUACAAAUGCAAAUUGGGAUUUUAAAAUUGCUUACUGGUUACUUCUACAAGUCAAUUUAAAAUAAACAUAUAUAUAGCACUCAACGUAA